GCACGGGUGCCUGGGCUAGAAGAUGUGGGGGAGGCCCGUGCCCGGGCUGAGGCCAGGCGUCUGAAGGAGACCUGAGACCUAGCAGUUCUUGGCGCCACCCAUUUCAUCUCCUGGGGUGGCGUCUGAUCUCAGACUGCAGCUGGGAAGAGCCACCCAGCCUUGUUGGGCACUCCCCAGUUAACAGGCCUCUCUCCGGAGGGCUCUUGCUAGGGCAUAUUUUUAUACCAAGCUUUAGGAAACUUUGGAUGUUUUUCCUGCCUGUUUUAGGGAGUAGGUCUUGCAGGCAAGAACCAUCUUUUUCUUUUUUAAAUACUUUUCUGAUGAUUCCAUCCUACCCACCCUGGGAUGGCACAUGACUAUGACAGUCUGUGGAGUCUGGAAUGGUUACACUUUUGCUUCAUGCAAAUGGUCACUUGGAGUACUUAUUUACCAACCCAAGGCGGUCCCAGUUAUAUUUGAGGACGAAAAAUAGUCCUAAUCCCUUAAAAUAUUAAAUUUUAUGCUAUAUGUAUUUUACCACAAUUUUUUAAAAUGACCGAAAUUAUUUUUAAAAGGUCUUUUAUCUCUACAGAGGAAGUGGUAUGUUUGCUUUGGAGACUAUCGUUGUACCAGAGGCCCAUACUUUAUGGGUUUUAGUUGGAGUGCUUAAUGCAGUUGGUGAGAGCUGGAGCCACCCUGAAUGUGUCCACUACACGCUAUGCCCAGACUCCAGCUCACAUCGCCGCUUUUGGAGGACAUCCUCAGUGCCUAGUCUGGCUGAUCCAAGCAGGGGCCAACAUUAACAAACCGGACUGUGAGGGGGAAACUCCCAUUCACAAGGCAGCCCGCUCCGGGAGCCUCGAGUGCAUCAGUGCCCUGGUGGCGAACGGAGCUCAUACUGACUUGAGAAAUGCCAGUGGCCUGACAGCAGCAGACAUUGCACAAACCCAGGGUUUCCAAGAGUGCACCCAGUUUCUCUUGAACCUCCAGAAUUGUCACCUGAACCGUUUCUGUCAUAAUGGUGCCUUGAGUGGGGGCCAUGAAAACGGAUUUCCCAAUCGUGUUAGUGUGGGAACAAAUCGAAAGAGAUGCUUAGAAGAUUCGGAAUCCUUGGGAGUGAAGAAAGCCAGAACUGGAGUUCCAAGCCUGGACUACGCCAUGCCACUAAUGAACGGCGAGACUGAAGACGACGCUGACAGAAUGCACGUUGAUAGAGAAUUUUCUGCUGUAACAGAUAUGAAAAACAGUAGCUCCGUAUCGAAUACAUUGACAAAUGGAUGUGUCAUCAAUGGACAUUUGGAUUUCCCCUGCGUGGCCCCGCUCAAUGGGAUGGAAAGCAGGAAUGACCCGGGCUUGACAGGACCUAAUGGAAUUAGCAAUGGAUUAGUGGGUUCUGUCUGUGUUAAUGGGACUGAGGAGCCAGAAAAGACCAUGAGUGUUAACCCUGAGAUGUGUGGUUCUCUGCACCUGAAUGGAAGCCCCAGUAGCUGCGUGGCCAGCAGGCCCUCCUGGGUGGAGGACAUUGGGGAGAACUUGCAGUAUGGACAUUACCACGGUUUUGGGGACACUGCCGAGAGCAUCCCUGAGCUGAGCAGCGUGGUCGAGCACUCCAGCUGCGUGCGGGUGGAGCAGCGGUAUGACAGCGCCGUCCUUGGUGCCAUGUACCUGCACCACGGCUCCUGAGGACAAGAGACUGGCCACCUCCCCGACAGCUAACUCAUAGCACCAUGGCAGCACCGACUUGGAGGGUCUCCCCCGUCCUGCUUUUGUACUUGAACUCUGAGAAAGUAGACUCCUGCCCGAGCAGCUCCCAGUGAGUGAGUGGUGCCUGAGCAGGCUUCCUGUGCCCAGAGGUGUCCCUGGCAGGGUAUUCAUCCUUUUAGAAGAUUCUCUUUUGCAGUUUGGUUUUUCUGAUGCCGGUGUCUACUUGAUUUUUUAAUACUGUCACCAGAAAUUGCCAUUUUCCUUUUUGUAAGUUGUAUCUGAUCACAAUAAGGGGGCAGUGAUCGAGAUGCCUGGCGAGUUACCUCUUACACUUGGGCAUCGUUUUGAGGACCUCCUUGCUCUCUCUGUAAGGUCCUGACCAUGCAGCCUCACAGAGAUUCCGGUCGGGAUUGUACGAAGAAAAGAGCGUUUGUCUCUUUCAGAGUCUUCUCACUGCAACUGCCACAGGGUGGGGGUUUUAGUGUGGCGCACAAUGGCUUCGUGAUGCAGCCUACUGCCCUGGGUUCCAUUAGAACAGGCCCAGCCUGGGGCGGAUUCUGACUGUUUCUACUCCACAUUUCCUACUUGCUCUCUAGGAUUUGUACCACAUAUAAUGGUUUCCUUUAUACGUAGUGGAUAUUACUAUUUGUAGGAACUGUCAGAUCAAAAUAUUUAACUACUUUUACUUUUUUUUUUCCCCUUUUUGUUUUUUGAGAUUUCCUGUUUUAAAAUAUAUAUAUAUAUAUAUAUAUUCACAUAUAUCACUAUGUAUAUCCAGUUAAUUGAGAGAAUUUUGAAUCUCUUAAUAAAACUUCAUUAAGUUUAUGGUUUUGUAGAAAUUAGCUUUUGUUUAGGCAAAAUUAGUGGUUACACUGCAAAUAUUGUAAUGAAUUUUUACUUUUUGGAUUUUUUUGUAAUAACAAUUGGUGCAGAUGGAGAAAAUGUCACAUGAGCAAACCAGUGUUGUAAGAGUGUACUAACAUUUGUUUUAAAACUGUUCUCUACAAAUUGAGUAAAACACUCUCACGGUCA